GUGAUGGUGAUGACGAGGUGAAAAUGGCGGAUCUUUCGAAAUACAAUCCCGGCCCCUGACAUACCAGAGGCGGCGGCGGCGGCGACCUCGCCACCCGGGGUCCCUCCUCGGCUCCUGGUUACCCUGUAGCACUCCAGUCCGGGCCAAGUGGGAAAGGAAGCAACUGGGCAGAGCUACUGUGCACGGGCAAACCAAGCACUACCCGGACUCGGGAUUGCCCGGGACCUUCUGGAGCCCCCACCUCGGAGCCCCAGGGAGGAGCAAGCGGCAGCCGCUGGAGCACCUGAUCACCUUUGUAGCAGGAGAACGAUCAUGGAGGUGGUGCCAGCUGAGGUGAAUAGUUUGCUUCCAGAGGAGAUAAUGGACACUGGUAUAACUUUAGUGGAUGAUGAUAGUAUUGAGGCUGUUAUUGUUUCAUCCCCAAUUCCUAUGGAGACAGAACUGGAAGAAAUUGUCAACAUACAUUCUACUGGUGACUCUGCAGCCACGCCCAUUUCCACGGAAUCAAUCACAGUGUACAGUAACCACACUAACCAAGUUGCAGUGAAUACCACAAUUACUAAAGCAGAUUCUAAUACCACAGUGAAACCAGCUUUUCCAAGUGGCCUUCAAAAACUUGGUGCUCAGACUCCUGUGACUAUAUCAGCCAAUCAGAUUAUUUUAAACAAAGUAUCACAGUCAUCUGAUCUUAAACUUGGCAAUCAGACCCUUAAACCAGAUGGACAGAAGUUAAUUUUAACAACUUUGGGCAAGUCUGGUUCACCAAUUGUUUUAGCACUACCCCAUAGCCAACUACCCCAGGCUCAGAAAGUUACAACUCAGUCCCAGUCAGGAGAUGCUAAGUUACCACCGCAGCAAAUUAAAGUAGUUACCAUUGGAGGGAGGCCAGAUGUGAAACCUGUCAUUGGUGUCUCAGCAUUGACCCCAGGAAGUCAACUGAUUAAUACUACAACUCAGCCCUCUGUGUUACAGACCCAACAGUUAAAAACAGUACAGAUUGCUAAGAAGCCUCGAACACCAACCUCUGGUCCAGUGAUCACAAAGCUGAUCUUUGCAAAACCAAUUAAUAGUAAAGCAGUUACAGGACAGACAACUCAAGUAUCACCACCGGUCAUUGCAGGUAGAGUUCUUUCACAAUCUACUCCUGGAACUCCAUCAAAGACUAUAACAAUACCUGAGAGUGGUGUUAUUGGAUCAACUAUAAAUUCUACAACACAGACACCAAAUAAAAUAGCCAUCUCACCUUUGAAAUCGCCAAAUAAGUUUGGAAAACGCCUGCGACCUACAGGUCUCCUGUACUUUCAGGCCAUGUGUUUUGUAGCUAAGCCAGUGGUGGUUAAUACAACACCAGUACGGAUGUCAGUUCCAUUUGUCCCAGCUCAGACUGUCAAACAGGUUGUUCCAAAACCAAUCAAUCCAACUUCUCAAAUAGUAACUACCAGCCAGCCACAGCAACGGCUUAUCAUGCCUGCCACACCACUGCCACAGAUCCAGCCCAACCUCACUAACCUACCCCCGGGUACCGUCCUGGCUCCAGCUCCAGGAACAGGAAACGUGGGUUAUGCAGUGCUUCCAGCACAGUAUGUUACUCAGCUACAGCAGUCUUCGUAUGUGUCUAUAGCAAGCAACUCUAACUUCACUGGAACAUCUGGCAUCCAGACUCAGGCAAGGCUUCCAUUCAAUGGCAUAAUCCCAUCAGAGUCUGCCAGUCGGCCCAGGAAGCCCUGCAAUUGUACAAAAUCUCUGUGUUUGAAAUUAUAUUGUGAUUGCUUUGCCAAUGGUGAAUUUUGCAACAACUGCAAUUGUACCAAUUGUUACAACAAUUUGGAACAUGAAAAUGAAAGGCAAAAAGCAAUAAAGGCAUGCCUUGACCGAAAUCCAGAAGCCUUUAAACCAAAGAUAGGGAAAGGAAAGGAAGGAGAAUCAGAUCGACGGCAUAGCAAGGGGUGCAACUGCAAACGGUCAGGAUGCCUUAAAAACUACUGUGAAUGUUAUGAGGCAAAAAUAAUGUGUUCUUCAAUAUGUAAGUGUAUUGGCUGUAAGAAUUUUGAAGAAAGCCCAGAAAGAAAGACAUUGAUGCACUUAGCAGAUGCAGCUGAAGUAAGGGUCCAGCAGCAAACGGCUGCGAAGACGAAGCUGUCUUCUCAGAUUUCAGAUUUGCUUACUAGGCCAACGCCAGCUUUAAAUAGUGGAGGAGGAAAGUUACCAUUUACAUUUGUAACUAAGGAAGUAGCUGAAGCCACAUGUAACUGCCUUCUUGCCCAGGCUGAGCAGGCAGACAAGAAGGGAAAGUCAAAGGCUGCAGCGGAACGGAUGAUACUUGAGGAGUUUGGACGAUGUCUGAUGAGUGUCAUCAACUCUGCAGGAAAGGCAAAGAGCGACCCCUGUGCCAUGAAUUGCUAACUCCAGCCCAGGAGAUGAGGAAGGGAGCUGUACAGGAAACUUAAUUUUUUGCAAGCUAGUUUAACAAUUACUGUAUUUUAAUUCAGUCCUUGUUUUAAAGAACCUGAAAUAAUAUUGAAAGAGAAGAAAUUUUAAAUGAGGAAAUUAGUACAUUUUAAAUAAUAGUUAAUUCUGCUUAUGCCCCUUCUAAAUUGAAUUUAACUUAAUUUUUUUCCUUUAUUGUAUUAUAUAGAUGUUUAAUUUGCUUGAGUUUCUUAAGAAGUAGAUGUUCUGUCCUUCUGAUUUUAUUGAUAAAAACACUUAUAAAUUACUGUAAUAUAAUUUAUAAUGUAUGGUGUUGUAUGACUUUAUUCAAUAGAAGAAGCCAAAGCAGCAUGGGUAUUACCCAGUCAUCUUUGGUUCUAGAUCUAGAAUAUUUCAGAUAUGCAGAUAGAAUGUCUACAUAACAAAUUGUUAUGAAGCAGAUUCAAAUGACAUUUUGUGUUAGAAGAGCACUCUCUUUUUAAGAAAAAAAAUCAUCUUUUUAGGAUAGAUUCUGAAAUUACCAACAAGUAAUCCCCAUGUACACUUUUAAAAUGAAAAAAAAAACUGUUUUAAAAAAACAAAUCCACAAUAAGGUAUUAAGGGGCAGUAAGGACUUUGAGAGGAUGGCAUGUACUCUUGUGAGGAAUGGCUCACCUGCACUAGGUGUCCAGUUUCCCUCUCAGAGGUGGUGCAUGUUGGAACAGUUGUCAUGUGGAAGUAAGAGGGCUGUGAAGAGAAGCACACACCAUUACAUUGAGACAGGACAGAAGGGAUCCCAUGGAAUAGGGAUCAGGCUCAGCAUUGGGCUUGGAAAGAGAUGUCAGGAAUUUUGAGGUUGAAAGAGAUGAAUUUAGGGAAGGACUUUUCACAGAUCUUUUUGUAGACUUUGGAACUGAGACAUUUCAGACAAUACCUGUCUCUUUACUUGAUGUACUGAAAAUGGGCCACCUAACAAAACUUUCAGAGAUGUAAUGGGAUUUGAUUUUAUAAGGAAUCUUUAAUAUGGUUUACUUUAAGCCAGUGAGUUAUUAAGAUGAAGUUGGGUGUUUUCAUAUAACUAACAUAACAUAAAUCAUUUUUAGUAAUUCAAGAGCUCUAUGAAUUUAAGAGUCUAUUGUAAUAGGAGUUUGAUUUUAUGAAAGGAAAAAACCAUGUUGAAAUUCAGACAUUUUGUUUGUUCCUUAAUCCUCAGUAAUUAUUACAUUUCCUCCAAGGACUAUAGUUGUAUGUAUUAAGUAUGUAUAUAUGUUCAUAUGAACAUGAAAGAUACAGGCAAUAGAAAAAAUACAAAAGAGGAUUCCGUUAUUCAUUUAAGUAUCCUUCUUUAGGUUUAUAAAACUAUAGUGCAGUAACUUUAAAUGUAGAUAAUACAGAUGUUUUUAGCACCUCAUUCUAGUAUGUCUAAUUAAAAUUGUAUAAAUGUAAAUUAGUGUAAGGAUAAAAUAUGUAAUCAAGUUAUUUUUCAACAGAUUGCAAUAAGUUUUUGGUCUAAACCUAAACUUUGUUCAUUUUGUAUAUACUCUGUUUAAUUCUAAUUACAUCAUUGUGAUGUGUAUUUAUAUACAGUGUGCAGAAAUGUUUGUGAAGUUCUCAUUUAAUUGUAGAUUAUGUACGAUGGCAUUGCUUAAGAAUGUCUUGCUUGUAAAAAUUUAAAGGUGCAAUCAAAUGCUACUAGUUUUUGAUUUUCAAGAAACUAAAAUAUUAAGUUUUUCUUCCUGUGUAGUACAUACUAAACAACUUUUUGUAUUUAGGCAUUUGCAUCAAACUGCUGAACAAGAUUAAUAGUCACAUUAAUUCAACAAUUUAAAAAGACUAUUUGGGGAGGGCUGGGUAUAUAAUUUUUUUUAGCUCUAUUUACAUCCCAAAGUAGAAAAGAUUAAAUUUAUAUUUCCUAGAGCUAUUCAAAAAAUACACUUUUCUAUAUUGUAAAAACAGGACAGGAAAGAAAAUCAUACAUAAAAUAAACAUUUAUACUAUUCUGUAAAAAA